CAAAAGGUUUUCCAGGUUUAGGAGGGGGAAGAGAAAUGAGCCCAGAGGGCAUCGUGGCUAUCCUGGGGCCACAGAAAUAAUUCCCAGAGUAGCAGAGGCGGGUCCCCAGCCUCCUGUAGGUGCGGCGAGUGCGAGGCUGGCUACUGUGAUCUGGAUCCCGACUGGCAGAGGAUUGCUUGGAGAUCAGGAGGGCCCUUUUCAGAGCCGCUUACAAGCUCCGCGAGAUGCCAGACCUGCCCUCAGCCUUCCUGCCCCUCCUCCUCCUCUCCAAGUUUGUUACCCCGGUGACCUUUCGUCACCACCGCUACGACGACCUCGUGCGGACGCUGUACAAGGUGCACAACCAAUGCCCGGACAUCACGCGGCUCUACAACAUCGGGCGCAGCGUGAAGGGGAGGUACCUCUACGUGCUGGAGUUUAGCGACUACCCUGGGAUCCAUGAACCCUUGGAACCGGAAGUCAAGUAUGUGGGGAACAUGCACGGGAACGAGGUGCUGGGUCGUGAGCUACUCCUGCAGCUGUCAGAAUUCCUCUGCGAGGAGUUCCGGAACCGGAACCAGCGCAUCCUGCGCCUCAUCCAGGACACGCGCAUUCACAUCCUGCCUUCCAUGAACCCUGACGGCUACGAGGUGGCUGCUGCCCAGGGCCCAAACCCGUCCGGGUAUCUGGUUGGUAGGAACAAUGCAAACGGGGUGGACCUGAACCGCAACUUCCCGGAUCUCAACACUUACUUCUACUACAAUGCGAAGUAUGGCGGCCCCAACCACCACCUGCCCCUCCCCGAUAACUGGAAAAGUCAGGUGGAACCCGAGACCCGGGCGGUGAUCCAGUGGAUUCGAUCCUUAAACUUCGUUCUCUCAGCCAAUAUGCACGGCGGGGCUGUGGUGGCCAAUUACCCGUAUGACAAGUCACUUGAGCAUAGGUUCCGAAGUCCCCAUCGCACGUCCAAUUCCCCGACCCCUGAUGACGCUCUCUUCCAGACGCUGGCCAAGGUCUACUCCUAUGCGCAUGGAUGGAUGCACCAAGGUUGGAACUGUGGGGACUACUUUCCAGACGGCAUCACCAACGGGGCGUCCUGGUAUUCUCUCAGCAAGGGAAUGCAAGACUUCAAUUAUCUCCACUCCAACUGCUUUGAGAUUACGCUCGAGCUGAGCUGCAACAAGUUUCCCCGACAAGAGGAGCUGCAAAGAGAGUGGUUGGGUAACCGGGAAGCCUUAAUCCAGUUCUUGGAACAGGUUCACCAGGGCAUCAAGGGAAUGGUACUCGAUGAGAACUAUAACAACCUCACAGGGGCUGUCAUUUCCGUCACCGGCAUCAACCACGAUGUCACUUCAGGUGAACACGGGGAUUAUUUCCGGCUGCUGCUUCCGGGCACUUACUCUGUCACUGCUAAGGCACCAGGGUACGACCCCAAAACAGUGACUGUGACAGUGGGGCCUGCGGGACCAACACUGGUUGACUUCCAACUCAAGAAAAGCACGUCUCAGGUGCAGAGAGCUCCCAGCCGAGGACAGGGAAGCAGGGCAAAGCAGCCGUGGACAUCCAGAAAGAAAGACGCGGCAACAAAGCGACAUAGGGGCCCUGCAUGAAGCCAGCACCCAGGGCCACACACAGCGAGGCCGUCCCUGCUCUCAAACCCCAUGGUCACACUUCUCUUUUAUUACCUGGGACAUAUUUAGACACAGGCACAAACAGAACAGUUCCGAGUGUUUCUGUCUGUCCCAGGAUCAAGCUUUCCUUAGGCCAGCAUUAAAGGAGUCCGAGCCUCUUCCAGAAACUGGUGCCACUAUGCAUGCCUGCAGCAGGGUUCUGGAGACCUUCUUUCUGGGAGUCUGGUUUGGGUCACUACAUGCGGAGACAGGUUCCGGCUAGUUGUCCUGUUUGUCUCCAAAUGGAGCCAUGGAGCUGGUGAUGUCGUGGCACUGCAAGAAGCUGUCCAAAUGACUGCAAUGCUGAGGCGAUACAGAAUUGCCUGGGACUGUUUCCACAGUGGCCAGCGAUUUCUAGUAAGGAGAGGAUGUAACCUGAAGGGCCCAGUUCCCCACCCCUCGCCUGUGAGCACUGCCAACAAUUUAUACCUUCCCAAAUGUUUUCUGGGUAUGUAGGAGACAUGGCACCUCUGUAGCCUGGCAUGCACUAGGAAUGUGUCCUGUGAGGGCAAUGUUUGGGGCUCUCAGAGUCCUAGCUGAACCCACUGGUCCUGAAGGCAUCAUUGAGCAAAUUAGAUGUUUCUGAAUACACUGUGUCCUCUUCCA